CGGCGCCCUGUGAGGGCGGGGGAGCUGGGAGGAGGGUGAAAUUUAGCCAUCAGUGUGUGGCAGGGUCAUGAAAAAGCGGCGGCGGCGGGAGAGCGGAGGAGGCGGCGGCGGCGGAGUGAAACUGCGGUAGCUGCCCCCUGGGCUGGUAGUGUGGCUUUGUGGGGAGGGCGUAGUUCCUAAUCCCCUUUUCGGGCAGCCACCGGGGCUCGGGGCUGUGAGCGGCCGUCAAGGCUGCCUCCCCGGGCCCCCUGCCUCCGCCAUGUUCCGCAGGGCACGCCUUAGCGUGAAGCCGAAUGUCAGGCCUAGUGUAGGCGCCAGGGGCUCCACAGCUCCCAAUCCCCAGCGUGGACAGGAGUCUCCCAGGCCGCCGGAGCCUGCCACGGACACUGCUUCCAAGCCAGCGGAGCCCACAGAUGUACCCGCAGUCGAUUUCGGUGGAGCGGAGCCCCAAGAAAAGGCUCCUAGGAGCAGUUCUGAAAAGACUGGUAGUGACAAUGAUGUUGAAGAAUCCAGUAGAUCUUCCCCUACUGUUUCACAGAGAAGAAAGCGAAUAUCAAGUACUUCUAGUCUGGUUAAGGCUAGUGUCAGUGUUCCUUCAGAAUCUCAUCCCUUAUCUACAGUUAAUCAAGAGGCUGCACAGCCAACUGCCACUUCAACAAAAGAGAAACAGCCAUGCUCAGACAGAUACCGAAUAUACAAAGCCCAGAAACUGAGGGAAAUGUUAAAAGAAGAAUUGAGAAAAGAGAAGAAACAAUGGAAAAACAAAUUUGCUAUAAAUGAAAGUCAGAGGCCACCAGAUCGUUCAAAAAUGACUAUGAGAGACUUCAUAUAUUAUCUACCAGAUAACAAUCCAAUGACUUCUUCACUGGAACAAGAAAAGAAAACUGAAAAGUCAUCGACUCCAGUCCAGACAAGAGAGCAAGAAGGUAAGAGUACUGCUAAUGCUGAAGAUAAUGAAAUGGAAGAAGAGACAGAUGAUGGGCCAUUACUGGUUCCUCGAGUAAAAGUGGCAGAAGAUGGCUCUAUUAUUUUGGAUGAAGAAAGUUUAACUGUAGAAGUUUUGAGAACGAAAGGCCCUUGUGUUGUUGAAGAAAAUGACCCCAUAUUUGAGCGCGGUUCUACAACUACAUACUCCAGCUUUAGGAAAAAUUAUUACUCUAAGCCAUGGUCAAACAAAGAAACAGAUAUGUUUUUUUUAGCCAUCAGCAUGGUAGGAACUGACUUUUCUAUGAUCGGACAACUUUUUCCUCACAGAGCAAGGAUAGAAAUUAAGAAUAAAUUUAAACGUGAAGAGAAAACAAACGGAUGGAGAAUAGACAAAGCAUUCCAGGAAAAGCGCCCUUUUGACUUCGAUUUUUUUGCUCAUUUGCUUCAGAAAGUUCUUGCUGAAGAAGAGAAAAGAAAACAAAAAUCUGUUAAAAAUCACAGUUUAAAGGAGAAGAAAUCCACCAAACCACGGAAAAAUGUAAAAGUCAAAAAAAUUGCCUGUGAAAGAGUGAAUGAUGAUCCAGAUGAGUCUAUGAGUUCUAGAAUUUCAGACACAGAAAGAUCUCAGAAGGAUGCUCAGACAGUUGACGAAGAGUCUCUGACCUUAUCAGGGAAGGAUGCAGAACAGGUUGCAUUAGAAGUAGACCUAAAUCAAAAGAAAAGAAGAAGGAAGAAGCAAGAUGGAGCUAAUGAACUGGAAGUAAACAAUCUUUUAGAAAAUGCCACUGUUCAGGCGGGUCCUUCUAAAGGAGAAAAACACAAGAAUAAAUGUCAGGCUAUAAGGCCCGAGGUAAAGGAAGGUGAAUGCAGUAAGGAGCAGAUGCUUUCCUGCACACAAAACGUAGAUGGCAUUGUGGGUUUUGCCUCCAGUGAAAAAGUUGAGAAAAGAACUGACCCCAUCCUUUCAUUAAGUAAUCAACAAGAUGCCGCAUCAGUAGCAACUGAGUCUUCAGAAUCAAGCACUUCAGAUUUGCCUUCAUUAGAAGUUGGAAUUAGAGCAUCGUGUGAGGUGAAUGAUGCUGAGAGUAGUUGUACAGAAGAAAGAAAUGUUGACCUAAAAAAUAAUUCACUGGAAAUUGAUCAAACAGAAAAUGUUAAACCGAUGUUGAGAGGUCGCUUCCAGAAACCCAAACCCAAUUUGUCAAGGGCUGGGAAGAAAUCAGUUCUUUCACAAGGCAAAACAGAGGCAGAGAGCAAGAAUUCACAUUCAAAAACUUCAGUUGAAAAGGACCACCUGGAAAAGGAUAAGAUGAAUACAUUGGACAUUUUGAGAAUGGAGACUACGGAGAGAGAGAAUCCAGAAGCUGAAACUGUAUCUAUGUUGGGUGAAAAAAAUUGUUUGCAGGAAGAGAGUCAACUAAAGGCUUUAACACCUGCAAAAGUGAGGGGCCGAUUGCAAAAGCCAAAGCCAAAUGUAGGUAAAGCUGCUGGAAGAAAAGAAAUUCUCAUGUCACAGGAAGAAAUUGGGGCCAAUGUAGAAAAGAAUGAAAAUGAAUCCCGUGCUGAUAGAGAUACUCAACGCAUGGAAGAUCAAUCAUGUAAAGAUUUUGAAGAGGAAGAUGUCAUAUUACAACCUGAGAAAAAUGAUUCUUUUCAAAAUGUGCAGCCAGAUGAGCCCAAGGUUCUUAAUGAAUGUCUAAGCAUUCAAGAGAAUAAUAAAGCAAAUAAACUUAAUCAAGUCCCAAUUCUAAGGACUCGAUUUCAGAAACCAAAGCCAAAUAUCGGAAGAGGAACUGGAAGGAGAGAAAUUUCCUCAAAAGAAGAAGUACUAGAGAAGAUUCUUGCCUCUGGGGAAAUGACAGCAGCAUUGAGAGAAACUGUAAGACUAGACACCUCACCAAAGGAGAUGGUACCAGCAGAGAUUAAUACUACUAAAGAAAUGCAGUCAGAUUUAAAAGAAACUGGAAGAAGAGCCAUUUCUCCCAGGGAGAAGAUUCUAGAUGUGAUUGAUGUCACCAGGGAAGUGGAGACAGGUUUGAAAGCAAGGGGAAGAGAGAUUUGUUUAAGGGAGAAGACACCACAGGUGAUUGAUGCCACUAAGGAAAUAGACAAAGAUUUGGAAGAAACUGGAAGAAGAGAAAUACCCCCACAUGAAAAUGGCCCAGAGGAGGUCAAGCCUGUAGGUGAAAUGGAGACAAAUUUAAAAGCAACUGGAAAUGAGAGUUCCCCAAGAGAGAAGACACCAGAGGUGGUUGAUGCCACUCAGGAAAUAGACAAAGAUUUGGAAGACACUGGAAAAAGAAAAAUAUCCCCAAAGGAAAAUGGCCCAGAGGAGGUCAAGCCUGUAGAUGAAAUGGAGACAGAUUUGAAAGCAACUGGAAGAGAGAGUUCCCCAAGAGAGAAGACACCAGAGGUAAUUGAUGCUACUGAGGAAAUAGAGAUAGAUUUGGAAGAAACUGAAAGAGAAAUAUCCCCACAGGAAAAUGGGCCAGAGGAGGUCAAGCCUCUAGGUGAAAUGGAGACCGAUUUGAAAGCAGCUGGAAGAGAGAGUUCCCCAAGGGAGAAGACACCAGAGGUGACUGAUACCACUGAGGAAAUAGAGAUAGAUUUGGAAGAAACGGAAAGAGAAAUAUCCCCACAGGAAAAUGGCCUAGAAGUGGUCAAGCCUGUAGGUGAAAUGGAGACAGAUUUGAAAGCAACUGGAAGGGAGAUUUCCCCAAGGGAGAAGACACCAGAGGUGAUUGAUGCCACUGAGGAAGUAGACAAAGAUUUGGAAGAAACCGGAAGAAGAGAAAUAUCCCCAGAGGAAAAUAGCCCAGAGGAGGUCAAGCCUGUAGAUGAAAUGGAGACAGAUUUGAAGGCAACUGGAAGAGAGAGUUUCCCAAGGGAGAAGACACCAGAGGUGAUUGAUGCUGCUGAGGAAAUAGAGAUAGAUGUGGAAGAAACUGAAAGAGAAAUAGCCCCACAGGAAAGUGGCCCAGAGGUGGUCAGGCCUGUAGGUAAAAUGGAGACAGAUUUGAAAGAAAUUAGAGAAGAAAUUUCCCAAAGGGAAAAGGUGCUAGCGGAGAUCAGUGCUGUAAGGGAAAAGGAGAUUGAUUUGAAAGAAGCUGGAAAAAGAGACAUUUCCAUGAUGGAGAAAGUAUCAGGAAAGAUGGCUGUCAUUGAAGAAAUGGAGACAGAUAUGAAAGAAACUGGAAGAGAAAAUUUUAGAGAGAAAGAAUCUGAAGAGAUCUGUGUUACUGAGGAAAAGGUGGCAGAAUUGAAAAAAACUGGAAAAACAGACAUUUCUCUAAGGGAAAAUGAACUAGAGGAGACCAGUACCUCAAGACAAACUGAGACACAUUUAAUGCAGAGCGGUAGCAAUGACUGCAGUGCUAUGCCUUCGCUAGAUAUUAAAAACAUUAGCAGUGAAGUACUGUUGAUGAUGCACACACCUGUAGAAGAAAAAAGAGAUUCUGAAAAAGAAGUAUCAAGUCCCUUCAGUCAUUUCAAGAUUUCUUCACAGACUCUUGAAUCUGAUAAAACAGAAGUCCUGGGGAUUCGAUCUUCAGAUGUUCCAGAGCCAUUUUCAGAUAUUAAUUUAAGCAGAUCUCUUCCUCAAGAACAGAAGUCACUUGAAAUUAAACCAGCACCUUUUGUGAGGAGUCGAUUCAAAAGACCAAAACCAAACUUAGCAAGAGCAGCUUUGAAGAGAGAGACUACAGCAUCAGAAAAAUAUAUAUAUGGGAAGAAAUCAGAAACCAAGAAAAUGGAGACUAUCGUGAUGCAAGAAAAUAAUGAACAAGCUGAUACUCUCCCUUCUCAACAUGAUGAAGCUUCCCUAAUGAUAUCAAGAGAAAAAGACACAUCAGGUCACAGGAAUGAGGAGGCUGUGAUAUUGCCAUGUACACAGACUGAAGAGAACCUUUCAACUUCAAAUUCUUGUGAACCUAAAGAGGAGUCUCAGUCAGCACAAGCCCAGGAAAAUGACUUAGUUGUUUCUGUGGGGACUAAUAAUAUAAACACUUUCCAGCAAGAAAUGAAGGAAAGUGUUAUCCAAACUGCUCGACCAGUAAGGGGCCGACUUCAGAGACCAAGACCAAAUGUAAAAAAGACAGGACAGAGGCAAAUAGUAGACAAAGGUAACGCCAAAGGCAUAAUUAAGGAAGAAAGAACAGUAUUACAAAAAGAUGAAACCGAAAAGAAAAUCUUAACUGCGUCAAAUCCUCAAAUUGAAACUGAUAUUGAAGUUCCCUCCUCCACAGUUUCAGAACACAGAAUGUGUGAAAAUCAAAGUCAGGUGAUUCUUGUAGAAAACCUUCAUAUUAACAAAACAGAUGAAACAAUCAGACAUGAAAAUAAACUGUAUGUUCCUAGUUCAGCACAAAUGACAAGAAGGAAAUUCCAAAAGGCUAAGCCAAAUUUGGGAAGAGCACACAGUAAGAAAGAGGAACCAAUUUUAGAAAAAGGCACAACAGAUCAGAGCAAGGAAGGCAAGCCAGAAGAUCAUUUGCUGCAGAAAGGAGCUUCCAACACCCAGCUCCUUCUAAAAGAAAAAGCUGAGCUUCUGACAUCUAUGGCAGCAAGAAAAGAUUGUGUAGGUUCCAACGAGUCUGCUUUGGCAAAAAUAGAUGCUGAAUUAGAAGAAGCUGGACCAUCAAGAAGGGUUGGAGAGGAAACUGUAGGAGAUAAUUCACUAUCUUCAGUUGUUGAAGAGCAAUAUCUCAAUAAACUAACAAGCUGUCCACAACCGUUAAAAGAAUCAAAUUACUCUAAAAUUGCUCUGGAUGGGAAAACAACUAUCUCUUCUGCAUCUGAGUAUGAGAGAAAUCGUGGUGAAAGGAGAAGUCACAGAAAGAUCAAACCAAAUGUCACCAGAGGUCGUGGAUCAAAACGAGUUCGGGGUAAGACCUCUAAGAAGGAACCUAGAGCUUCCAAGGCCAUACUGGUGACUCUUCGGGCUUCCCAGGAAGAAGAAGAUGAUGCUGAUGAUUUUGAGUCUGACUAUGAAGAAGAAAGCUGUCAUCUUGCUCCUGAAGAAGUAAACAAAGCUCCAGUAUUUGUACCUGUUGGUCUCAGAUCUCCGGAACCUGUUUCUGCUCAGAUAGAGGAAACAAUGGAAGAGCUUGAAAUAACCGUGAAUGUCCCAGAUGUAGGAUGCAUAGCUGUUGUUGAACAUGAGCUCCCUAACACAGAUGUGACUACUGAAGAAAUGAAACAAGAAGAAAAUUUGAAUGCAUCAUCAUUUGAAAUGACCACAGGUGAACAUAUCCAAGAUGAACCAGGUACCAGUGAUGGAAGCACUGAAGCUGCAAUAACUUUACUUACAAUGGGAGAUCUAGUAUUGCAGUCAGAGAUCAGUACUGAACAGGGUGAUGUAGGGGUAUGUAUACUUCCUCAUGUACAUUCAAGGGAUAAAAGCCAUAUUCCUUUUAGCCUAGAUAAUGUAAAUCACAAAAUUGUUCAUGAAUGUCAGGAGCUUUCUUCACCUGUCAUUACUACGUCUCCUGCAUCAUUUGAAGAAAACAAGAUUGUAUUGGAGGAGCAAAGUUCCAGAGAAGAAAUAAGUUUAAUGGAGAAAGUAAAGGAGAAUGCUACACCAACCAGGAAUACAAUUUCUAAAGUGACCAGUAAUUUGAGAAUAAGAAGUAGACUUGCCAAGCCUAAGCCAAAUCUUGAGAAGACUUUAGGGACCAACAGGUUUGAUGAUCAUCAGGAAAUUUCCAGUUUGUGUGUAACCAAAGGGGAAGAAAUGGAAACUCAAAGAGAAACAGAGAAAAAUGCUUCCAAAGCAACAGAAUUGGAAAAUAAAAACCUCGGACCAGUUACAACAGCAGAGAAUAAGGAUCAGAGCAAAUUGGCAUGUGUACAUGGUAUCAAAGGGACCAGUAUUUCUCCAGAAGUAAACCUAACUGAAAGAAAUGAAAAUCAAGAAGAGAGCUCUCAGGAGGUUCACAUGUUGUCAGUUGCUCCAGUUGCUUCCUCUGAGACAGGGCCCUGCACACUUGGUUUGGAUAGGGGUCUUGGUGAAAAUUCUGUUGAAGAGGCCCAGAUAAAAGACUCUAAAGGAGACAGUGUGCUUAUACUUCCUGUGCCAGAGCAGUAUACACCAACAAGUAUUCCAGAAGUCCAACAAGAGAAUAUAAUCAAUCCUCAAGACCUAACAGUGAAUCUAGUUGCUAAUGUACCUCAAGAUGGAGAAGAUGAACAAGCCUUUAUUUUAACUCUGGUGGAAAUUCCAACCAAUGCAGUAGAAGAAUUUACUGAUGCCACUGCACAGUUCAUGCCAAACCCUUUACUGCCAGCUCCCAUAUUGGUCAAAUCAGUGAAUACUGAAGAAAGAGGUGACAUGAGUAUUUGUUUACCAGCAACUUCAGUUGGUCAGGAUGCCGUGGGUUUAUCUAUUUCUGGAAGAGAUAAUUCUAAAAAGCCUCUUGAUAAUUUGGAUCUUAUAUCUAGGAAGAGAUUUAAAUGCAGACUUGAUGAAAAUGACCACAUUCCUCCUGCCAAAAAAUGUUCGCUCACUUUAAGAGAUGAUUGUCAAGAAUAUACCUCUGAGGUGCACUCAAAGGAAUUAACAAAUGUUUUUGAGGAAACAGGGGAGUCUCACAAAGGACAAGAUAUUUUUCCUACCUCGGGAAGCACACUGACAACUCCAGAACCUCAAAGACAGCAAGUUGAACCAGCUUUUCAGAGUAGAGGAUCUAGAUCUCCUGAUGCAUGCAUAGACAAGAAUGUGCCUCAGUUACCUCAGGAUGAAAUGAUUGUGUCUGAUAAGGAAGAAAGAACUGAUGCUGCUCCUAAGUCUGAGCAAAUGGAUAACAGAACAUCAUCUUCUAAAGCCCCAUUAUCCAGACCUGGCAGAAGACCCCUGGGAUUUUUAUCUUUAAUAUGUUCAAAGAAUAGUUUGGAGUCUGACGAACCUAUGCAGGUCCAUAGUAAGAAACGCCUAAAACCUCUUAUACCUGCAUUAAGACAGAAAUUGAAAAGAUCUAAUCCAUUCAAUGAAAGCCAGAAAAAAAAUCAAGAUUCCUCUGAUCCGCUUCCAUCUCCAAGUGUUAUUAAUACUCAAUCUAAGAAUAUUAGCAGCUCAGCAACUCAGGUUUCUUGUGAUCAGCCCUUACUGAAAGAAGGACAUAAAAGUGCCCAAAAGCGGGCCCCUCAAGGGGAGCCAACCACAGUCUCUGAAUAUUUCUUCAAUGAUAUCUUCAUUGAAGUGGAUGAAACAGAAUAAAACAGUCUUUUGUCUUUUUCUUUUUUAAAUUAGGUCUAGGAUUUCCAGAGUCAAUUACAUCAACAAAACAGUAUUUAGAGCAAAAUAUCACUGUCUAUUUUUCUUUAGGUUGAUUUUGAAUAUUUAAUGAGCUUGAUUUGAAGCUUUUAUAAUCAGUGGAAAACAUUUCUGAGGUUCCUCUCAUUCUGAUUGAUUCAGCAUUUUGCAAAUAGCAAGCAAUUGAGACUGCUUUCUCAGACAGAUGUUGUUUACAUUUUGACUCUUUCUGUGCUAAGCACACAUGGACAUUUGGGAAUGCUGUGGAUAUAUGUCUCUGUAUGAAUUGCAGUGCAGACAGAUUUGGGGGUUAAUUGUAUCGUAUUUAACAUUUAGCAACUUCUUUUGUGAAGAUUUUUUAUUUUUAGGGGGAGAUGAUGAAGGAUGAAGCCUUUUCCGUUGCUUUAUGUACAGUCAUGUAUCACAUAAUAAUGUUUAAGUCAACAAUGGACCACAUAUAUGACAGUGGUCCCAUACAAUUAAAAUGGAGAUAAAAAAUUCCUAUCAACUAGUGACAUUAUAGCCAACAUAACACAGUGCGUUGCUUUUUUAUGUUUAGAUAUGUUUAGAUACACAAAUACUACUAUUGUGUUACAACUGCCUACAGUAUUCAGCAUAGUAACACAUUGUAGAGGUUUGUAGCCUAGAAUCUCUAAGAUAUACCACAUAGCCUCAGUCUGUAGGGUGUGUCGCAGUCUGUACCAUCUCAGUGUUUGUAAGUACACUCUGUGUUGUUCCACACAAGAUCACCUAACAAGGCAUUUCUUAGAACAUACAGUAAGGGACACGUGACUAUAUGUGUAAACAAAUUGUCAAACUUCACUUUAGUAUGGUAAAUGUUAAAGAACUUUUCUAUUAUCAGCUGUUUGUCUGACUAAAAAAUACAUAUUUUUCUAAUUCAUGGUGAUGUAACAUUAGUCCUCAUUGAAAAACUAGUAUUUAAACAUAAUUAUUUAUAAAGAUGACACAUCAAAGAGCUUAUUUAUUUUUAAAUUUUUUAUUUAAAAGGAUAUUCAGUUUUAGCUAUUUUCACCCCUCAGAUUGUAGAUAAGGAAGGCAUUAACAAAUUUAUGUUUGUCUCCUUUUUCUCUUUAAUUUUAAAGAUAUUUGAAAUGCUAUAACUAAAAAUGUUUGGUGUAUAUGUUUUGAAUACCUUUUUUCCCUCAGUUUAGUAUAUUGACUUUGUACUGUGAAUUUUUCUGUUUUUCUUCUUUCUUGGAUAAUCUCAGGAUUUUCAUGAGGGUGGGGGAACUCAACUUUAUUUAUUAGACAGAAUUUCCAUACAAAGUUCAAUCUCCUUUAUACACACACAGACAUAUAUUAGUUUUUAAAAAGCCAACUUCUUCAUAGUUUUUUCUCAAUUCUCAAGGAACACUUAGAUCUUUAAGCGUGGAACAUAAUAGUGAUGUUAAAAACAGAGAAAAUAAGGCUUUAUAAAGUUAAUGAUUAUCAUCAAUAUGAAUUUAAGAUUUGUUUUAAUUUCAAGAUUUAAUGAUUUACAUGUGUAUUUCUAUUAUCUACCCAAGCAGAUCUGUAGUGGUUCCAAUUAGACUUCUCAAACAGCAAAUUUAUCCUGAUUUUAUUUGAAAAGCCUCUUGGAAUGAUAAUAUAGUAGCUCAGGAGUUGGAAACUUUCUGCAAACUAUUUUGGGUUUGCAGGCCAGAUGGUCUCUGUGGCAGCUACUCAGCUCUGCAAUUUCAGUGUGAAAGAAGCCAUAGACAGUACUUGAACGAAGGACUGUGGCUGGAUUGGCCUUUUAGUUUGACCCCUGCAUUAGGCCCCAAAUUUUCUUACCCUGAGGUGCUGAUAUCUGUAUGUAUGAGUUAUUUGUCACUAAAGUUAUGAGUUGUGCCUAAAAGUUAAAACUGUUGAUUGUAUUAUAUAAUGAUCAGUGUUUCAAUUGGGAAGAUAUUUUAGAGUCUAGAUAAUUAUGUUUGUAUAUUGAAAAAAUGGUGGCCAGUUUUUAAGCUCCUUAAUAGAAGAGAAUUAUGUCUCAGCAGGUAUAACAGUAAUGCUAAUUUAUUGAAACUACUGCUGUUAGAGCACUUCUUAUUCAUUGUCUUUUAGUAAAAUUUAUGACAUAACAUUUUGUCAGAGAGGAGGCUAUAUAAUUUGGAGUGGAAAUUGUAAGUAGGCAUUUAUUUCGUGAUUGAUAUGUCACAGAAAUUAUGGUAGUAAAUCACAUUGCUAUUUUAAUACCCUGUUUAUGUAAGUUUUUAAAACUCAUAUUCUGAAAAUAUUUCAUUCUCUUAGUGUUAGUUUGGGAGUUAGAUUGCCAUGAUUAAACUGUUAUUUAUCCUUGUGUAAUAUAAUUUUUAACCUUAACAUCUGUCUCUUUUUAAUCUAUAAUCUAGUUUUAUGGAAGAUAGAAUUUCUUACUAUAUAAAGAAUACAAAGACUCAUUGUAUUAGAGAAUCAAGUCAGCCAGCUAAAUUAUCCUACUGUUAUAUCCUUAAACCUGAUUUUGGAAAAAAGAAAGUUAAUCAGUGUAUUUACCUUACAUGGUGGAAAGAACUAUGUUAGGUCUGAUUCAUGUAAAGAAGAUGUUGCAAAGAAUUUAUUUCACAAAUCUUAAUGGAGAUGUGAGUAAAAGUUUUUAUCUUUUCUUGACUUUUUCUCCUGAACACUUAUGUCUUAGCAAGUGGUCAGCAUGAGGGUUUGAACGCCUAAUUGUUGGUAAAUGGUUGAGGCAUGACAAAAAUACUAAUAUCCACUGUUUAUCAUCAUGUUAUUUGAAACAAAAGUGACCAUGUAUACUAUCUUGCUUGAAGAAGUCUUUGACAGAAAAAGCAAUAUCAUGUCAUUUAUAAAUUUUCUUGUUCUAAAGAAAGCAGUUGUAUAUAUAUAAAUUAUGUAAAUAAAAGUUAUUUUAUACCAUU